AUGGAGGCUAUGGAUAGAGAUGACUCGACUAGUCCAGAUUACAAGCCAAGGAAUGGUAUGGAGUUUGACUCGGAAGAAUUAGCAUAUGAGUUUUAUAACAUGUAUGGGCGAAGAGUUGGGUUUAGUAUUAGAAGACAUACACAUUACAAGAACAAGCAUUCUGGUAAGCUCAUCUCAAGAAUAUUUGUUUGUUCUAAAGAAGGUUUACGUACAAUAGAUAAGCGAGACCAUUUGACUAAGAAUCCUCGAGCGGAGACACGAACAAGUUGUGAUGCUAAAAUGAUCAUUAAGUUGGAUAAAUCAAGUGGUAGGUACAGAGUUGUUCAAUUUGAAGAAACUCACAGCCAUGAUCUUGUAAUACAAGAGUGUGCUCACAUGCUACCAUCUCAACGAAAUGUAACUUCUUCACAAGGAGCUGAGAUGGAAUUGGUACAAGAUUCUGGAAUCCCACUGAAGCUUUCAUUCGAGUUAAUGGGCAGAGAAGUUGGUGGAAGAGAGGCUCUUGGAUUCACUAAACAAGAUCAGAAAAAUUAUCUUCAAUCUCAAAGGCAAAAGAAAUUGGCAUAUGGAGAAGCAGGAUGCUUAUUAAAAUACUUCCAAAAUCAAGCAUUAGAAAAUCCCUCAUUUUUCUAUGCUGCGCAAUUGGAUAGUGAUGAGCAAAUAACAAAUAUUUUUUGGGCUGAUGCUAGGAUGAUACUUGAUUAUGGUUUAUUUGGUGAUGUUGUGAGUUUUGACACUACAUACAGAACUAAUGAAGCCAAUCGUCCAUUUGGAGUAUUUGUGGGAUUUAAUCAUCAUCGUGAAACUGUAAUCUUUGGGGCAGCAAUGAUGUAUGAUGAAACUGUUGAUUCGUUUACAUGGUUAUUUGAGACGUUUUUGGAGGCAAUGUCUAACAAGGCUCCAAAGUCAAUUUUUACGGAUCAGGAUGCUGCAAUGGCUAAAGCUACUGCAAAUGUGAUGCCUAACACAUAUCACUUGCUUUGCACAUGGCACAUAAUGCAAAAUGUCAUUAAGAAAGCAAGUAGUAUAUUCAAGGGUGAUGAACAGAUCACCACCUUCUUAUCAAAAUGUAUGAAUAACUAUGAAGAGGAGGAUGAGUUCCUAGUUGUGUGGGAAGGAAUGCUUAAUGAAUAUAGUGCGCAUGAAAAUCCUUGGUUAAGUAGUAUAUUCCGUUUAAAGGAGAAAUGGGCAAAACCAUAUGUCAAGUGGGCAUGGUCUGCUGGAAUGCAUAGCACCCAAUUAAGUGAGAGUUUCAAUGCUAGCCUAAAACCAUAUGUUAAGUCAGACUAUGAUGUGGUUCAGUUUUUCAAGCACUUUGAUAGAUUGCUCAAUGAUAAGCGGUAUAAAGAGUUAGAGGCCGAGUAUGCUUUGUGCUACAAGUUACCUGCUAUUGGGAUAUUUUCUUCAAUGGUGAUCAAGGCUGGAAAUAUCUACACUAAAGCUGUUUUUGAAAAAUUCCAGAUUCAGUAUGAGAAGGCCCUUGAUUACAACUUAGUCGGAUGUAUUCAAGAUGGUGAUGACAUUGUGUAUAAAGUUGCCUUUAAUGGUCAUCCAAAGAAGAGAUGUGUUAGGGUGAAGAAAGACCAGUCUGUAACAUGUAGUUGCAGGUUGUUUGAGAUUGAAGGUAUUCUGUGCCGCCAUGCAAUAAAAAUCCUUACUAACUACAUGAAUGUCAAAGAAAUUCCUGAUCAGUAUAUUCUAAAAAGAUGGACAAGAAAAGCAAGAUCAGAAAGAGUGAAAGACAUGUAUGGCCAAGACAUCCAAGUAGAUACCAACCUACAACAAACAUCUUGGUACAAGUCUCUAAGUUCCAUAUCGACCAAGAUUUCAUCUCGGGCAGCUGAGAGAGAAGAGACAUUUAAGUUUGCUGUUCAGAAAUUGAGAGAACUAAGCAAAGCUAUUGAAGACAUGUUAUGUUCAAAAAUGGAUACAUUACAUCUUGGUAAGGAUGACCAUAUUACACCUCCCAGCAAUGAUGUGAUUGAGGGUAUUAAUCUGGCCAAAAGUAACUCAGAUAAGGCAAAAGUUGUUCAAGCCAAGGGAUUCAAGAAAAGGGAGAGUGCUCGAGGAAGAAAAAAAAGAAUUAUAGGUGAUUUUGAAAAAAGUUUGGCCAAGAAUCGAAAAGGGAGAACUCUUGAUACAGAAAAGUCAUCUAGUUCUGAUUCAACCAAGUCUGGAAAUUGUGGUGCUCCAAUUCCAAUGUUAUGGAUGCCAUUUCAAGAAUCUCAAAGUUUUAGUUACCAAGCAUUACUUAACUCUCAAGAUUUUCCAGAUGAUGGGACACAAGAUGGUGAUGAAUGA